CUGUCAUAGUGUCAUUGUCAUCACCUGUCGGUGAAGAAGCGUACUUCUUAUUCGGCAUAUUCGGGAGUUGGUUGUAAAGUAAAGCAGCGUCACUAUAAAAACGCCGAUGCAGAUAAAUAAAAUAGUGAAAUUAUUAUACUCUUAAUUUAAAAACGUCUCUCUUUUGAUUCCUACAUAACAAAAUACAAGGAGUCGCGCAGCCACAGUAAUCAUGAUGAAGAAAUUGUUCCAUCUAUUUGGAGCUAUUCAAUUUUUCUAUGGAUGUUACUAUGACUACGUCUAUGUCAAUAUACCAGCAACUCCAACUUCAUUUACACCUUAUGGAGGCAAAUUCAAAUAUUUAACAUACCUAGAUGCGAUGAUACAAACUGCAUAUUUCACCCUGGCGUUCCUCAAUGAUAUUGUUGGAAAUAAUGAGCCAUCACCAUCAGAGAAGCCCCUCAUCAGGAGAUUGAAGGACAGAGUGUUUAGUGCUCUAGCUUUCCCAUUGGCAAUAUUUGUUGGAGUAUCAUUCUGGGCCAUAUAUGCUAUUGAUAGAGAGUUAAUCUUGCCCAGAAGCAUGGAUGCUUACUUUCCACUGUGGCUUAACCAUGUGAUGCAUACAAAUAUAGUUGUGUUCAUAUUGAUAGAGCUCCUCACUUCAUUCAGGAUGUAUCCUAAGAGAAAAGCUGGCCUUACUAUUCUAUCUACUUUUAUGAUUUGCUAUUUAAUUUGGGUACAUGUGAUCUACUUCAACACUGGUAUUUGGGUGUACCCUAUUUUGAGUGUUCUCAACUGGCCAUUGAGAGUAGGUUUCUACUUAUUCUGUCUUGCAUUUGCUUGUGGUGCAUACUGUUUAGGAGAAAAAAUCAACAAAGCAGUUUGGUCCACUGAGGUUGAAAAAACAGUAAGAUCGGGAAAGAAAAAGGCUAAAUAAUAAUUGAGGUCGUGAUUACUUAGCUAGAAUAGCCUGGUGGUAAUCUCACUACUUGUGAGGUUUGUAAUUUGUUUAAGAUAUUCUUAUCGGUGGAUGGUUUAUGAAGUAGGAUGCAUUUUAAUUAUGGCUUUGGAAAGAAAUUUAGAUUUUAGAAUUGAGAAAGAGUUAAUAUAUUAAGUAAACCAUUUGCAUUUAUUUUAUUAUUUGAUCUUAAAGGAAGUGAUAAUAUAAACCCCAUAAUAUUUUUAAUCAUAUAGAAUGAGAUGCCAAUUGGUGUAUCUGUAUCCAGUCCAAACAUUUACCUACAUUAGAGAUGUUUAUAAUAAUAUGUAGAAUGAUAUUAUUUUAUACACACCAUUCAUUAAUACCUAAUUGUGUGUAGAUAUUAUGUAUUUCUUUCUAGAAGUGUUCUUGUGUACUCAUUUAUGCCUACAUUUGAAAAUGUGGCGUGAUUCCUUUUAUUGUCUGAUUUAUUCUAGAAAUAUUUGACCCAUUAAACAUUUUUGUAAUAAUUAUAAUAAAAAAAGGAUAACCAUUUCAAUUCAUAAACAAAACCUAUUUAAAGAGAUCUUCUUGCGUAAAAACGAGACAGUGAUUUCUGUCUUAAGGCAUUGGCUGCCAAUAAAAAACGGUUGAAGGCAAACCCUCCGCUAAUGUCGGUCACCGGUGACUGCCAUGGCGUUUAACGUGUUAAACAAUGAAAAAAAUUUACGUGACUUUGAGCUAUUUAUUUUUAAUUGUCGUGUUAACAUGUCGUGAUAGAGAAACGUUUCGUUGUAAUAAACGGUAACAACCGGUUUUUCAUCCACCUACCUAUGUACAGUUAUUCAACUUACGAUUAUUCAAAUAUUAAGUUAUUAUUUCAACAAGGCUAUGUUUUAUCUACUGAAUGGUUCUCAAUGCGACUUGUUUCUUGAUUACGUAAUUAUAAUUGAGAUAACCACUUAUAUUAUAAUGAUAACAUGAAACAGACAUUGGUUGUGAAUGAAUUCAGCAAUAAAUAUACUAUUUAUUCAGAAACGAAUACUCAUUGUUAGCAGCUAUAAUUAAUUUCGCUGCUAAAGUAAAUGAAGGUUUUGUGAGUACCAAUUUUAACGUACAAAUAAAGAUUUAACCGUUUAAAUAGUUAAUUAUAUAAAUAGGUACUUAUGUAUAUCGUAUUCGUACUGUAGUUAAAUCUAAUCGUACUCGCUAGCAUGACUUGAUUCUUUAUUACCUAUAGUAAUAAUAAUAAUUUACGUGUCUCUUUAAAUAUUACGUCAGCAUUGAAAACAUGUAAUUGUGAAGCUUUAAUAUAUUAACGAAAAACAAAUUAAUCGCUUAUUGGCCUGAAUAUUGUGAGAGUGAACGAUAGAUAACGUAUUCGUAUUUCUCAAAUGUUGAUUGAUACUAAGCUUUAUUAGUAUCGUAAAUAUAUUCAUAUUCGGAUACUCUUACUAAAGAGUCACAAAUUGUUGAAGUAUUUUUAAGAAGUAAAUUAAACGAACUUGAUACAAAUCAAUGUAAUUAUAAAGAUAAUUCUUUGAUAUAGAGAAUAUCAUUCCAAAGUUCCAAACAGUACGAUAAGAACUUAAUUAGAAGUGUUACUCAUUUGUCUAUUAUCUGAUAUGUAAUUGUUAUUAUUUAUUUUGUUUUUUAUUUUAUUGUAACCAUGAUAAAGAAAUUGUUGAUUACCACUAGAGAUUGAUAGAAGCCAGUGUUAAAUUUAUUGUUUAAUAAACAUUUUAUAUUUUAUUUAAUAUUUAUUUUUAUUUAUGAGAAAUACCAAAUAUUGUUUCCGAUAGAUUAACGUUGUUGGCGUAGGUUGGUAGACUUAGGUAUAUUUAAAAAUAGCUCUCUAAUUCUCGAUAGAAAUGGCUAGCAAGAGAAAAUCAAAAUAACGCUUAUUGUUUGAAUGCGUUGUGUUUGAUCAAGGACCGGCUUAUGAUGUGGUUAUGCACUAAUUCUCUCUAGAAUUUACUACACGCCUUGGCUAUAAUGAUUGUGGUGGACUUUGACAUCGUAACGAACUCUGUUUCUAUGGACUUUGGCUCCAUGACUAACUACCUAAUAUAAGCCGAAGGUUGUCGACUUUGGUAUCAAAAUAAUCAAUUUCUCGAGAGAAUGAUGCGAUGCGAUCAAAGUUCUACUUUAGGAACAAAUUUGUUGAGUCAGAAAAUAAUAUUUGAGCGUCGUAUCUUGUGCAUAUUGUUUGCCCUUUGGUGCCUACCUAUUUUGGUCCAGUGCCUAUUCUGCCUAAAUAGACAAUGAAGUGUUCAAUCACUGUUCGAAUGAACUUUAAGCAUCCAAACAUUAUUGUAAGAAAGCAAUAAAUUUUAUAUAAGUAAGAAAUAAAUUGUUUAUAACAG